AUGAAACGUCUUCUUUUCUUUGCUUCUUUUCUUUUCUUUCUCUCCCAGGGCGAUUACGGAUUGCCAGCUGGAAAAAUGUUAGUGAAAAUGAUAGUGGAAACCGAGAAGGAGUACAAUGAACAAACUAAAGAGAAGGAUUUAGAAGCUGUUAACAUGAAGCUUGAUGAAAUCCGUCAAUCGAUGGGAUACAACAAGACCAGUUAUCCGGUUUACCAAAUGGUGUGGAGCAUAGAAGGACUGUUCACCGUCACUUACAGGAUGUAUGUUCCAGCGUCAAUCAAGGAAUGUUCGAAGAUGAGAGCAUUAGCGGCAGAAGUGCGGAUGAGGCUGUACCCAAUGAUUGAUGCUGUGAAAGGGACUCAGUGCCCUGCCGACAUUGUCUUAGCACCAUCCGGGUGCCCCUUGAGUGACCUCGAGUACGCCGACGAUGUUGUUAUAUUCGCGAAAAGCAGUACGAAACUUCAACAUGUUGUCAACCUUGUAUCGAAGGCUAUGGACUACGCCUACGCCCUGAUAAAUGCAAGCAGAUGUGGACCUCUUCGAGACCACGAACGGGAAUCAGGGUACGAGAGAGAUGUUCAGCAAAGAUGCGCUAAGACCACUUCUGCAUUUAACUCCUUAACGAAAUGCCUGUGGUCGACCCCCAUCACCAACGAAGUCAAGCUGCGAGUCUACCUAUCCGCAAUUCGCCCCAUCAUGAUGUACGGAUCGGAGACUUGGGCAGCACCAUCAACGGUUAUGGAGAGGCUUGACUGCACGGAACGAAAGCUGCUUAGACGGCUACUUGGCUACUUUUGGCCUAGGGUAUGUCGCAAUGAAGAUCUUUAUGCAGAAAUUGAUGUGGUAUACCGGCGGAUGACACGUGGAAAACAUCAACAUCUUGCACCGCCAUCGAAAGUGGCUAACGUAAAUCGUCUUCGCUUCUUUGGUCAUAUAUUAAGGAGUCCGGCAGAUCGCCUUGUUCAACUAGUUCUGAGGAGUUCGUCGGGUUCGAGCUGGAAGGAGCCAUCUGGCCGAAAACGGAAGUUCUGGACUGAGGCGGUAAAAGAGGACCUGAGGACACUCGGCGUGGAUAGGCAGUUCAGGCGAGACAAGAUCGAGAAGGUUGGGCAGAGCUGUGUUCAAGGACGACAAACCUCGUCGAAGAUGCUGGUAAUCGCGUCAGGCGAUGACAUCAGCCCGCCGAUUGAGGAGUCAAGGUCUGCAGCGUAUCAGAAGAGCUGGCCAUGCUUCGAUGUGUUGGCUAUCAGCAACGGUGCUUCGAUGUGUUGGCUUUCAGCAACGGUGCUUCGAUGUGUUGGCUUUCAGCAACGGUGCUUUGAUGUUUAUGUCUCAACGUUCUGGACUGCAGAGAGACUGAUGUAA